ACGCAUGUCAAUGCGGAAGUUUUGGAUGAGUUCCGAUUUAGCAAUCUCUGAAAUUUUACCAUGACAUUAUUGUAAAAGCGUUGAUUAUUUCUUGAUAAACAGCAAUGGGUUUGUUUGGAAAGGGUCACGAAAAGCCACCCAAAGAGUUGGUCCAAGAAUGGACGCACAAAAUGAGAAAGGAAGGUUACAACCUUGAGAGGCAGAUAAAAGCCAUACAAAGGGAAGAGGAGAAGACGAAGAAGCUGCUGAAGGCAUCGGCUAAGCGAGGAGAAACGGAAUCCUGCAGGAUCCUCGCCAAGGAGAUCAUGAAGGCCAGGAAGGUUGUCAACAAACUAUAUACGUCCAAAGCUCACAUCAGCUCUAUCCAAAUGAGUAUGAAGAACCAGCUUGCCUCGCUGCGACUGGCAGGAGCGCUGGAGAAGAGCACCCAGGUGAUGACGUCAAUGCAGGCGCUGGUGAAGGUGCCCGAGAUUCAGGCAACAAUGAGAGAUAUGUCCAAGGAGAUGAUGAAGGCUGGGAUCAUGGAGGAAAUGAUGGAAGAUGCAAUGGAGAUGGCUGAUGAUGAGGACCUUGAUGAUGAGGCCGAUGAGGAGGUCGAUAAGGUCCUUUUUGAGAUCACCGCAGGUGUGAUCGGGAAGGCACCAGCAGCUGUCAAUGACUCUCUGCCAACAGGGGAGUUGGAGGGGGCAACAGGCGGGCCAUCUGCAUCUCAUGAUGAUGAGGAGGAUGAAGAGGAAAUGGAUGAAAUGAAAGCGAGGCUGGAGGCACUUCGGAGUUAGAACUCACAGAAUCAUGAUCCAUUGUGUAUUAGGACUGUAACAAUUCACUGAAAUGUCCAUUGUUGCAGUGUCUGUUACAGUACCAAGUCCUGACAAAACGGAAAGAUUAACAGUACAACUGAAACAUCUAGGAUUAUUUUGAAAAAUUCAUAUUUUAUUAACUUUAAAUUACCAACUUGUUAUUCUUAUUACAAAAUGAAAAGAAUAGUCAUUUUGAUCCACUUUAACUAACAAAGAAUUUAUAAGAUGUUUCUGUCACAUAUUAUCAGUUAAUAACAAGUUGCAUGUAUUGAUGAAAUGAUAAACAAAAAUCACUCAAAGGACCCCUCCAUGAAAGUUAAAUUGUUUGUCCCUCGGGGGAUUUCCUCGGUUUGCACACAUUAUGUUCCUCCAUCACCCGUGAACACAUAAGGUCAAUGGCAGCGUCACUGAGUCCAUGUAUAACUUACGGAAGUCCAAUGUGCCCUUCUCUGUGCAGGAACUUUGUGCAAACCAACCAUAUAUUGCCGGACACUGAGGCAAUGUGUUGAGGCUGUAACACUGUGACACAUGCUGCUGGAGAAAUAUUGCAGAUGUAAUCUAAACACUCAUUAGUCAUCGCUGGUGUCUCUUGUGCUGGAACCAAGCUGUGGUUUGAUUCGUUGGUAAAAAUAGCAACUGCAUUGCAAAGCAGCCAUAUGUAUAUGCUGGAUGGUGGAGCGUACUGACACAGUGUGUACAAACCAGGAAGUACUGAUAGGACAGUAGUGACUCAUUAUUAAACUUUUCUCCAUGAUACACAUCACAUCAUAAUGGAGUGUAUCCAUUGAAGAUAGACUAUAUAUGUCUACGCUCUAUAAGGCAAAGAAACAUUUACAAAGUGUCGUUGAAGGGCUUUGCAUGAAGUUGAAUUUCAUGUUUAAAAUUUGACUCCAUCUUCUUCAUAGUACAUACAUUGUGGAUACAAUGUUUUGUGCACUGCCUUCAAGUGUAUCAUUACAGCCCUAUUCUGUGUUAUUUGAUCACCGUUGUGGCUACAGGAUUGAGUAAGUUUAAGGAAUCUCUGAAUUUUUUAAGAUUCUGAUAUUAAAUUCAAUUGAAAUAUUUUUGUCAUUUUGAGAUGAAAUGCCCAUAUGCUAAUCUUGAUAAUUGUGUAAUAUGGUUUUACGCUGAGUCUAUGUUUAAUAUGGUACUAUUACUAAAAGAUGUAAACAGAAUCCUUGCAGUGUCUAUUCUGGACACUGAAUAUCAAUAUCUAUUUUAUGUCAGGAUCACAUGGGGACAGAGAUUGGCAAACCUCAAAUAUAUCAUUGUUUGUAUACGAACAGUACUGCAGCAGAUGAGGGAACCAAUGAAUAUUUCCAGAUUUCACUAUUGAACUGAUUCACAAAUUAAAACUCAGAUUAACUUACUAUCUAUUUUGGGUAAGAAGUUAGCUGUAUGAGGGAAAAUAGCAAACAUGUUCUGGUGAUAUACAGAGGUUAAGUCAAAUACAGUGAAGACUUUGGGAUGAGCUGAUUAUCAAUCUGUUUGAUAAUGGCACUUCAGGAAAAACAGUAGCUGCUAAAUCAUUUACUAUCCGACGUCCACUGGUUGCUAACACACAGCUCCACCUCUUCUUGUUUUUGGACUCAUGAUUCUUAUGAAACGGUUUGACUGUAUUCAAAGGUAAAUGGUUUGGGAACAAGGGUAUACGUGUCCAUGACAUGAGCUUGUGUCUACCAGUGCAAUAUCUGAAUCAGACUUUGGUAGUUUGUUAUGUAUCAUAGCUGUGUAUUUUGGACCAGUGGAUGUUGGAUAGUAAAAGCGGAGCAGUACAGAGCCUUCAGAUGCCUUCAAUGAACUGUAUAUACCUAGCAUGUGGCCAGUGUUCAUUGUAUGCGAUGUCAGGUACCAACUGGUACAUUUGAGCGGAUUUGGCCUUUUGGGGAAAAGGGAAAUUGAUCAUUUUUAAAACAUAAACUUUUAAAUGAGGUUAACAAUGUUCAGUUAAAGAGUUUUUAACUAUAUUGUUAAAUAUCGAACACUGAUUGAUAUAUACCCACAAUAAAUAUCAUUUUUCGAAGGUCCACACAUUGAAUUUGAACACUGCUGUAAUGACUCAAACCAGUGACAGCUACAGUCAGUGAAGUGGGGUGGCGUAGCCUCGUGGUUAAAGCGUUCACUCAUCACUUCACAGGCCCGGGUUCGAUUCCCCCAUGGGUACAAUGUGUGAAGUCCAUUUCUGGUGUCCCACGCCGUGAUAUUGCUGGAAUAUUGCUAAAAGUGGCGUAAAACCAUACUCACUCACACAGUGCAGUCCAUGAUAUGGUUGUGGGGACCAGGAACAGGAACGACCAAUGGCUUAUUGAUACAGGUUGUGUGUGGUGUUCUAGGAUACUUUGAGUCCCUUUAUUUUGGAUGGUUUCCUAACUACAGGCAGCUGUUAACAAACAAUUCACUCCAAGUUAACAUUACAGCCCAGGAGCCAUGUUAGAUAUAGAAAGGAUUUGUAACAUCUGUGUGCAUUUAUUAAGGAUAAAUCACAAAUUUAUAAAUAUCUGGGUCACAAGUCAUAUUUGAUGGUGGUCAAAGUAUGUUACGCAUUUGCAGAAAAUAUUAUAAAAGAAAUAUUAUCUGUAAUUUUCCUCUACUUUUUACCACAACAUCCUUUUUCUCCAGGUGGUUCCUUGCAACUGCCCUAUUGGAUCACAUUAUAUCAGAGAUACCCACAUUUAGCAUGUAAAGAGAAUAGGUAGUGUUUGCUGGCUACAUUAACAGCAAAUAUUCCUUGUUUACCAUAGUUAACCAACAACAGGUGGUAGUACUCAUUACCAGAGGUGUUGAUAGGCAUCAGUGACAGUUAAAUGUGCCACUGACCAAGGGGAGGCAACUUUUCAGAUACAAUUAUCUCCCUUUCAUAUCUCACUUCAGAUCUUCCCAAAAAUACUGAUAGGAUAGUUGGUGAGAUGUAAUGGUGAGAAAUGGUCAAAAGGUUGUUUGAAAAUUGGAAUCAAGAAUUCUGUUGUGUGUAUAGUAUUCUACAAAUCAUGGAUAUCCAGUGAAUUUGUAUUAACUUUGUACAGUUUUCUAUUUAAGACAAUUCACCAUACUUAAUUGUACAGAUAUGUCUGUUGUGUUUUUCAGUGUCAGUUUUCUGUUAUAAAUGCUUGUGUCAGCAUACAUUAGAUUAAUUGAUUAUUUAUAGCACUCUGUCCAUACCAGUGAGACUUUUAUUUUAGUGGGAAUUGAGUUAAUUUGUAGAGUUUCAGUUUCAUACAAGGCAUACACAUGUUCCAGUUCCAAUUAUUCAUACGACAAAUUAUAUUUAAUAAUUUCCAUGAAUUGUGAGGCACCAAUUAGUGAUUGACUGACCAAACAGGCAUAAUUUAAUUACUAUAGACAACACAAUGAUGGGAAUUGGCAAUCAUAUUAACAUCAAACAAAUAAUACCCUACUUUAUAUCCAGCUACUUAGAAAGAAACAUAAGACAGAUAUGUCUGGGGUUCUCAGACCCUUCUGUUGCAGUAAAAACAACAUGGAAACAUUUUAAUUGGGCUUUGACACACAAAAAGACAAUUCAAAAUUCUGACCCUCAUCAUGACAAAACAUUACAGGCUGUGUGAAGCAGUUAUGUUUCUGAACUAACUGUGCCUAUGUAUGGCAUUCUGUAUUUUCCAGUGUAAAAUAUUUCCAUUGUGUUAUGAUAAGUACCCUUGACCCAUGUGCUGACAUAGAUGUGUUUGGACAUUACUGCACCAUCUUCUCUCUCUGGUCAAUCAAUAACUUCCAGCAUAACAUCUCUCUCAUAUGAGUGUCAUUUGAUUGAAUGGUUGGGUCAUUUGAAUCAGACUUUUAAAACAAAUAUUGUAAUGAAUUGGUUCAGGGUAUUUAUCAUAAUAAAAUGGUGGUACAAUUCCCUGGAUAAGGAUGUACGAGUGUUGGUUGUAUAAAUAAUGGCUAAGUGUUGGGGCUGCUGUUACUCAGUUCAGUGACAAUCUCAUUACCAGAAGGUUGGAGGUUGCCUUGACGGAACAGCCAUCUGCAUCAGCUUAUCAGGGAAACAUGAUCAAAUACAGUCUACUAUUGUGCACAUUUUGAUUGUGCAGACAAAUUUUGUCUUACCAUUCGUGUACGAACAAAGAUCUCUACACAGCUCCAGAGACACUGACUAGUGAAAUGUGGUUAGAACUAGUAAUAAUAAUACAAAACACUAGUCUUAAGAAAGUUGUGGACUAGUUAGAUUUCACUGAGGUUGGGUCUAGUCCUGCUUUAGAAUUCAUAACAAAUUGACCAUAAUGGCAUGUUAUUGUUGGCAGAUAAUGUUUUGUCAUUUUCUUAGGCAGAAAUGAAAACCAUAGACUUUAACAAGUUUCUAGGUUUUUUGUUUAACACCAUUACAAACUUUGUGAAGUUAAACAGUGGAUAUAUAUUUUUGCUCAAUCUCUGACAGACCUAAAACUAACUGUUGCCAUGAUAGGGAUCAGCACACAGCUUGUGCCUAGAGGAGGAUGAGGCUUAGAAUUGGUCCAAGAUUGAUUCAAGUCCUUUCAAUGCCCACUUUCACUGCUAACACAAAUGUUAUGGUGCACAUUAAUUUCAUGGUUACUUGGAUGUUUCAAAGACAGUGUUUCAAUUGUCAUGCAGGGCACUAGCUACUAAGCCUAGGCUGGGAUGUUGGCACCAGGUUGUGCCCCCCGAAAACAAUGUGACAAACAAGUAGCACAAUAAACGGGUGCUGUGCUCAUUAUCAGAUAUGUACACCUGGAGAGUUUAGCACUGCUUACCAUUUACUUCUGAGUGCGGCGUAAAACAACAAACCAAACCAUUUACUUCCAUAUGAAAUAAUAAUUUUCUUUAAUCAUUUUUUCUGUCUAUAACAAACCAUAGUUUGUUAACAAUGUGACAUACUCGUAUUGAAAUACAGAAACUGAAAUCAGUUACCUCAUAAGAUGUUUUGCAAAUGCUCCACAACAAUUAUUACUUGACUGCUAUUUCCGAUGUUUCCCCUGUACUUGCGACCAGUGUUCUUGUAGCAUCUGCCAAGGAGGUAUUGGUCUUAUCGUGGACAUUUAUCAACUGUUCAAUGUUGUAGGUAGAUAUUUCCAAAAGGAACGUGGAAUUUUGGAAUAUGUGAAAAUGAAGGAGGGUACUGAUCUUGUUUCCAUGUUUACUUAGAGCAUAUGAAACAAUGACUUAUCGCUGCAGAUGUUUCAGGCCAGACCAUUUUUAGGUCACUAUGGUAGGUUGCAUUUGAGUGAGUUCAUCUGUUUGUCCAACACUGUGAUCAUGUUACUUUGUGGAGCGGGCUGGUCAUGAUGUUGAAAAGUAGCAAGUGAGACAUUAUUUCGUAUUGCAAGGUAGGUAUUUACUGGUGUUAUCUCAGUGGUUUUGUUUUUGUAUUUUAUUCUGUUGUCAUUUUUUUGUUAUUUUUUUAAGAACAAAUAUGUUAAUCAUGACUUUUAUAUCCAUCAAUAUCCAUUUUUGCCCUGGCUACAAAUAUGAUAAAUUAUGAAAAUGUCUAACUCAAAAUCAGCAGGUUAAUGAUUUUCUUUCUUUUGAUUACUCAUGUUAAUGAAUAAGAUGUAUCAUUAUUAAGCACAAAUUGCAUUUUGUUAACUUGUUUUGUCUGUUUAUUCUGUCGUCAUUGAUUAUGUAUGGUUCCUGAAAAUAAAACAAAUUUCUAUGCUA